CUCUCAUAUAAACAUGACAUAAGACGAUAGUAAAUUUUUCUUAUUCUACCAUGAGCUUUCUUAUUCAUAGAGUUUGCACAGAUCCCGGCAAAGGAAUGAGUUUGUCACGUAUAUUUGUUCCUUGAGAGGAAAUUGGUGAAAUUUGGAGCUAUUAACUCUUUGGCAAAAAUACUGUUAGAAUAUUAAAGAAGAUAUAUAACUCUAGGCCUCGGGCAACAAAAAAAAAGCUUCGAUUGGUAAAGGCUCUUUGAAGUUGUUGAUGUUGGUCAUAAUACAAUUUAGCAAUUGGAUAAACGUCGCGUUCGUCAGCUACGCAGUUAAUCGUGCGUCGCCUGACAAACAACGACCUUCUAUGCUCUUCUUCAAUCGCUACUCACACAGAGAGUAAAAGAAAAAUAACUGAAUAACUAAGAUAUUUCUUUUGAAAGUAAGAUUGGCAAGAAUAAUCCAAAAUUGUGGGAAUUUUCACCUUUUCUACUCUAUUAUCAUCAUUAUAAGAUAUGAGAAAAUUAAACAUUAUCAUCCUGCAUAUUUUUUGUACAACUUACGCAAUUUUAAGACCUUCUUUGGAGAAUUGCCCUACUAAUUGUGAUUGUAAAGAACGAAUCUACAAUUGUACAUCAAGAUUAAUUCAUAUUAUUCCAAAAGUUGAUUUGGCUGUAAAAGUUUACUAUUCUUAUAACAGAAUUCAUGAUUUACCCGAAAACUGGCUGGAAAAUGCUACAAAUUUAAAAUCUAUUCAUUUAGAUAAUAAUCUAUUGGAAACAAUUAACCAACUAUCAUUUACUGGUGCGAAUAAACUACAAUUGUUGAACUUUUCAUGUAAUUCUAUUGAAGAAUUAAUUAUUCAUUAUUCAUCUCCCAUUCUAAAGCUUACUACUCUCGAUUUAUCGAGUAAUCUAUUAACUGUCAUUCCACAAAAUCUCUCCAGUUUCGCUCCUAACCUACAAACAUUGGAUUUAUCAUCAAACCUAAUUAAAACAAUCAAUUUUGACAUUUCAUACAAUAUUAUGAAAUCAUUAACAUAUUUGGAUAUAAGCAACAAUAAUAUCAAAGAAAUAAUGGGAAAUGAUGUAAAAUAUUUAGGCAAUACCGUAAUUAAAACAUUAAAACUGGACAAUUGCAAUACAAAUUCGAUUCAUCCAAACUUCCUUUCUACAUUCUCCAACAUCAAGUAUUUACAUAUGAAAAACAACGAGCUAAACGAAGAUGCUAUGGAGAGAAUGUUUCAAAAUGUAUCUUUGAAUAAUAAUCUUACAUCUCUGCAUAUUCAGGGAAUGAAGAAGAGCAUAACUGUAACAUACGAGAUAUUCAGACAUAUAAAGAAUCUUGAGGUGUUGGAUAUGUCAAAUGGAAAUUUAAUAGCAGUUGAACCUCAAAUUUUUAAGACAAUCCUCAAGAUAAAAACGAUAAAUAUGGCUAAUAAUAAACUAUCAAGACUUAAAGGAAUUGAUUAUCUAAGAAAUCAUUCAUUAUCAUAUCUCAAUUUGCGAAGUAACAGAAUUGAAGAUUUAUCUUACAUCUCAUUAAGGAGUCUUAAAUAUUUUGACCUUAGCUAUAAUAGGGUAAAGACUGUUCCUGCAAAUUGGCUUACGGAUAAUAAGAUGUUGAAAAAAUUAAAUCUUAGGAACAACAAGAUUUCGAAGAUAAGCGAAAAAUCAUUAAGAAGAUCAAAUAUUGAAUUUAUCGAUGUUUCACAUAACAAGUUAAAAGUUUUGAAUUCUUUCGGUGCCUCAUCAAUAAAGCAUAUAGAUUCUUCUUUUAAUGAAAUUAAAUCUAUUUCAAUCGAUCUCUGGAAAAAUCUGGAUUCUAGUUUACAAAAAUUGAAUCUAUCCAAUAAUAAUCUUGCUAAAAUACCAAAAUAUGCAGCUGUUAACUUGAAAGAAUUAGCUCAAGUUGACUUAAGUUAUAAUCCUAUUGGAAAACAUCUAGUUAAGACUGCUAAUAGGAAAACAAUAUUGAAUGUAUUCAAUUACGUUCAAGAGCUCUUAAUGGACUCUUGUGAAAUUGAUAUUAUUCCGGAUAGCGUUACGAAGAAAUUCAACUUUUUAACAACACUUUCAUUAAGUAAUAACAUUAUCAGUAAUCUUCAAGAUUUGCAUUUAAAUAAUUUAAAACAUUUAUUAAAUUUAAAUCUAACUAAAAAUCAAUUAGAAAAUGUUAAUCCAAAAGAUUUAAAAGAUAUAGCAUUUUUGGAAAGUAUAGACUUAUCAUUUAAUCCUUGGAAUUGCUUAUGCAAUAUUCAAUCAUUUAUUAAAUGGUUGAAUAAGACGAGUGUUUCAAUAGAAUUUUAUUCAAAGAAUUCGCAAAGAUAUAUUUGUCAACAACCUUAUGAACUUUAUCGAAUUCCUCUCAAGAACAUCAAUCUCAAAGAGUUGAAUUGCGACGUAAAAAAAUCCAAAACCAUUAUUAAAACGACAAUAAUAUCAGUAAUUUGUUUCGUAUCUUUCUCUUUGUUUUUAUUAUUGGUUGUUAGAUUUUGUAAUAUUGGUGAAAAAGUUCGUAUUUUGCAAAGUAAAUGGCAAAUCAGAUAUCGUGAAGUUUCGUCAUUAGAUACACACGAAGUACAUUGUGAUUCCUCAACUGUUUAA